UUUGCUGAUCAGUCACAUUGGACAUUCGGUCUUUGAUGGCCGACCUGUGGGGACGUUCGGUUUAUGAACGGACGACCUUGGAGGAACACUCGGUCUGUGGGGACGUUCGGUCAUAAGGAUGGUCGGCCAAGGAUGUUAUCCUGGGUGGGCGACCACUCGGUUCUGCUGAUCGGUCACAUUGGACGCUCGGUCUUUGAUGGCCGGAGACAUUCGAUUUUUAUGAACGGACGACCUUGGAGGAACGCUCGAUUUGUGUAAGCUCGAACAACGUUAGCUUAGAUGCUCAAUCAUAAUUAAGACCUGAAUAGACGACAUUGGGUUAACUCCUCGCUAAGCCUGUGUUCGCAUGAAAGGAAAAUACUGUUGAUGGGUAUUUGAGAGCGAUGAUUUGCGGGUGGUGUGUUGUUCCUUUGAGGUGAAACGGAAGGAUGUGUGCGGACGGAUUUGCGGGAUAUACCCCGUUUUGAUCACUCGCAAAGAUGGAGAGAUUUGCGUGGAUUGAACGUAUAAAGUCCAUUGUGCCCUUCAUUUAUAAUUAAUUUCCAAGGCUGUCCGUUGCUCAGAAACCGCAUUUCAUACACUGUUGAACCACGAGGGAGUGCAUGGGCAGGCGUGGUUUUAAAAUAUUCGUGUGCUUUGGUUUUGGUCAGAGAGAUGUAACCUUGCGUGAUAAAAGCAAUGAACAACAAAGAUUCCUGCUGUGCAUUAGAGUGAAAGUGCAGUAUUGAAUAUCAUACCUCCAUUGACCAUAGGACCUCAUACGCGCAUGGUAGUGGGUAGGUGUGCUUCUAUUUAUUGAGGGAUGAGAACCAUAAUAAAUUGGUUGCAACUUUGAUAGCUAGCUGCGAAUGUGUGGACGGUGGUUGCUGGUGUUCAAAUAUCUUGCGAUUUGCUAAGACGAGGAAGACGUUGGUGAGGUAAGUUGAAGCCAUUAUGAUGUAUUUGUUGGUUUGCAUUAGCUGGUGUGUGCAUUCGGACGAAGAAUUAAGAAGUGCGUGGUGAUGUCAAGAAGAAGCAAAGUCCAGUGAAGAAGAACAGCAAACGCGUGCGUCAGAGGCGGACAAGAUGAUAAACAAUAGAGUUGGAUGCUUCGUAACCGGUUACACGGUACACGUAAUCGGUUACGUGUGUAUGAGAAAAUUUGCCUGCGUGAUGUAAUCGGUUACAGGCACAGUUAACCGGUUACACUGUUGACUGGAAAAUGAGUUAUUCUGUGCUGGGUGCUUGGGCGGUGUGUGGAUGAGGUUAUGGGGUGCACGACGGUUGUUCUUGGACGCCACCGAGGAGGACAUGAUUAACCGGAGUGGACAGGUAUGGUAGUGGUGAGUGGUUUUGAGUGGUUAACAAGAGUUAUGUUGUAAUGGUUGUUAUUGAUUGGCAUUGCAGGGAGUUAUGGAAGAGGUGAGGGUGGCGGAGGCCAUGUGAGAGAUAACACGGUGGACAGGGAAGAUAUAGUUGUGUUGAAAGAAUGGUGGAGAAGCAACCAUAUGUACUGAUUAUAUGAGGAGUGGAUGGUACUGGGUGAUAUAUCGUGGUCUGACAGUGGGUUUGUGAUGCAGGUGUUCACGGGGAAUUGAGGUGUUUCUCGUGGUGGACCAAGAAGCGUGAAGGUGGUGGAGAUUUCUAAGUCCAAAGCUGCCAGGGCCGUUGAAAAAAUCAAAAGCAGGACCUAGGAAGUGGCAGUGUUCCUCUCUAUCCAUCAAAUUGUAUGUGCUAUUAAAAGCCUAUGGGCUAUUGGGGGCGAACAAAUCCAGGGCCUGCUGUCUUGGAAGCGAGAACUGAAGGCAUUUUGCAGUGGAUAGAAACAAAUACCAAGUUGCAUCAAUCCUUCUUGCGGUUAUCAAGAAAUAGGUGCUGUGUGGUUGAUUAAUUGUUUCUAAGAGCAUCUUGAGGUGUGCUGAUACAGGUCUUCAACUUCUUCAAGAGAAACUGUGAAAUGGCCUCAUCAUCAACAAAAAGGCCAAGAAAAAGUCGUAAGGGAAAAGAAACCCUCACUGAGGCAGAAGAUGUAGCCCAUGUAAGACCAUCUGUACAGGAACAAUUAGAUCAGAGUCGUUUCUUCACGCAUAGUCAUCAAAUGGAGAACUAUGCAGCAGAUUUCUAUACAAGGAGUAUAGUUGUUCCCAAGAUAAUGAAUUUUGAAUCAUUUACUGGUUCAGGGUUAUAUUUUCAACAGCAUCUUCUGUUUCAAGGGGUGGUGGAAUUGCUUACAUUGCAGGGACCGUACUAUCCAGAUUUAAUCAAAGUAUUUUAUUCCAAUCUGAAGAUAUCUGGAAAUGGAUAUUUGAUCAGUGAGGUGAAGAAGAAAAGAAUUAGAUUGAAACCUACUGAUUGGUUGAAUGUAGCUAACUUGAAGUACCAGGGUAAGAAAUUGAGUUAUUCAAAUAUCCCAGACGACUUUCCAUACGACCGCGACAUGGCAUUAGCUACUAUGGUUAUACCAGAUUUGGAAUACAGUCACGGUGUUUUAACAGUUGGUUGUUUGAAUAUGAAUGACAGGCUUCUGCAUUAUGUUAUUGUGCAUAUGUUGACUCCACGACGUGGGAAUUUUGCGAGGUUAUUGCAGGAAGAUAUUUUUAUGAUAUGGGUGCUUAACAAUAAUAUAUCUAUCAAUUGGCCUCAUCACAUCAUGCAGCAUAUGCUUAAAUGCAAGGCCAGUGACACACCCCUCCCAUACGGUGUCCUUAUCACACGGAUCUUGCAAUAUUGUGGAGUUAAUGUUGAUGCCGACGCGUGCACUCAGGUAGGGUCCCGUCAUCACUUUUCAAUCAAUUCUUUGAAGAGGAUGCAUAUUGUUAAUGUCAACGGUGUUUGGCAACACGAUCAUGUUGAUGAUGAAGAAGAAGACCAAGUAGACCAUCAUGAAUACCUUGUGCAGCCUCCUCCACCUCCACGAAAUCCUAAUAUGAUGAUUGAAAUGUGGCAAGGUGUACAAGACUUGCAACAUCGAAUGCAGGGAAUGGAACAAAUGCAGGUCCGGGUUCAACAUAUUGAAGACAACUUGGCAAACCUUUCUUUGGACAUGAACCGUCAAUUUGCUAACCUCAAUCACAAUGUUAACAAGAUUCUUCACCGUUUAGAUGACUAAGUUAAAUUUUAUUCCGAUUAUGUAUUACAUUACUUAAUUUCCCUUAAAUUGAAUUGUGUGUUUGAUA